AUGUCCAAAGCAGAUGAAAAUUCUUACGAACAGAGUGAAGAACCGGAGGAGGAGAGUCUGAGGGGGGAAGAUCCCCCCCAGAAGAAUAGAGGCAGCUCGGUGGGUUCAGAACAUUCAGAGCAUUCAGAAUAUUCAGAAUAUUCAGAAGAUGAUAAUGGGGGGAAAAUCGAAGAAGGAGAUCUGGAAGGGGAAGACGAAGAAGAGGAUUUUGAUGAGUUGGAUGAGGCGGAAGAAGACGGAAUGAACGAGAGAAAUGAGGAAAAUGAAAAAAUGGAAGAAGACAUCUUCAACGAAAAUAAUUUAUUACAUGCGAUAAAAACGAGAGAAGUGUUAGAGCAGGAAAUUUUGGUGCUCUUUAGUAAUAUGCUAAAAAAAGAGGUCGUGUUAAAUAAGGAUCUGAAGAGUACAAGUCGGGAAGAAGAGGUGUCGGCAUACAAAGGAGAUCAUGUGGAUAAUGAACACACACUGGACAGAAAUGAAAAAAAGGGAGAUGCAAACAAAAAAAAAGAAACAGAAAAAAAAUCAAAUUUGAAGAUAAAAAAUAAAGACCUCUACAAUUUUAUAUACAGCAAGAUGAACUUAAGUGCUAGGGAAGGAACGGAGAAGAAGAGGGAAGAUAAAGGUGUGGAGGGCACGUUUGAGGAGUCUACUUUCUCGAGAAGAAAAAAGCACGGAGGUGGUGGCAGUGGUAGUAGCAGCCGCAGCAGUAGUAGCAAUCGCAGCGGAAAAGGUAGAGAAUUGGAAAAAAGUACCCACCUUAGAAUAAUUAGCGACAUCCAUCAAGCAGAAAAGGAACACUACAUCCUCGACAACAACGUGGUGAAUAUACUCAACGACAUUAACACCUACCUGAGAAGGGAAAGAGAGUACCUGAAUCGAAAGUUCGGAAGUCAUGUGGACUCCACCUUCAAAAACCCAAUGUAUGUAACUCUAUAUAUAUAUAAUAAUCAAAUUUUGAAGGACAUCAUUUUACAAAUGAUUAACAUUGUUAAAAAUGAAUUCGAUAGCUCCAUAUAUAAAGAUAUGGAUGAGACGAUGCUAGCGAGAAAUAUUUUCAUUUUAAUUAAUCAUUUGACUUCUCGACCUAGCAAGGAGUGGUUCGAAUACUGGAACAAACACAUGCCCACGUUUAAUAACAAGAGGAGCGAAUUUAAUGUAUACAAUUAUUUACAAAUAGAAAAAAACGAAAGGAAAGUAUUUUCAGGGGUCCUCAAAAAUGAUAUUUACUUCAAGGAGUUGCAGAAACGAUCCAACAUCAUUGAGCAGUAUCAGAAUGGAUUACAAAGUUUGAAGUGUCUUUUGUCUAGUAGAAAUUUCCUUACGCUCUUAAAUGAGUUUAGGUACAAUUGCCAACUCUUCAUUGAUGCUGAUUAUCGGGGCAUUGAGGAGAAUGAAAAGGUUCUCGAGAUGCAGCGCAAGGAUGCAGAACUGAUUGAGGAGAAGGGCCGCCUCAAGGAGGAACUGCAGUUCUGUCGGGACCGCCUCAGGGGUGGCACUAGUGAUGAUGGUGAAGAAGACGCUAGCGAUGGGGGAGAAGAAGUUGUUGGUGGUGAAGAAGCUGAUGGGGAUGGGGGAGAAGACGCCGAUGGGGAGGGUACCGACAAACCCAGGACCAACAAACUCCUGCGCAACAAAAUCACCAACCUGAAGAGGCGAAUAGACGAAAUCAACGAAGAACUACUCGAAGUGGCUAACUUCUUCCUAGAGGACAAGAAGAAGCGAGAGAGGCUGGUGCACGAGUACAGGGAGAAUGUCUACCUGGUGCGAAGCAUACUCACCCAGGUCCUCGGUAUUAGGAACCCUAGGAGAAGCAACGCCAUCAACUCAAGCAAUGUACAUUACGUCAUUUUGCAAAACGUACUGGAUAGCCACAGCGCCCUCACUUUAAUCAUAGAUGAAAUGAGGCAUCUGUUCGACAGGGAGUUGAAGAAGUACGACAACGAGAAGAACAUUCACAUCCCCUACUUGAGGCAGAACACGAUGAAGGACAUAUGGGACUACGUGAGGCUCUUCUACAACGUCGUGUGUUAUAUCGACCCGAUAGACUUGGUCAGGUCGCUCACGCACCAAGCGCCGGCGCGCCGUGCAGGGGGUGCUAAAAUUGGUGAUAAAAAUGGUGCUAAAAGUGGUGGUAAAAUUGGCGGUACAAAUGGUGGUAAAAUUGGUGAUAAAAUUGGUGGUAGAAAUGGCGGUGGAAUGGGAGCAGGAAGCGGCCGCAGGAACAGCGCAGCAAAGCGAGCCAGCCUGCUGAACCCGAGGAAGAACAACCAAAUGAUAAUGCACCUGUCCAGGAUAAACCCACUGCUAGCGAAAUCCAAAGUCAGAAAGCCAAAUGAAGAAAAACAUAUGAAAAAAAAAAAAAAAAAAUUCAUAGAAAGAAAAAAUUUAAUAGACCAUUACGAGAAUUUCUCCUUCGAAGAUUUAUCCUUUGACAUAUUCGAAGAGAAGAAGGGACUGGGUGGGUCUUUCCUCAAGGGGAACAUCCUGGACACAUUUGACUACAGCAACUUGUACCGAGUGCAAGAGUUCUUAAACAACAUCAUAGGAAUAAAUGAAGAGUUCGAAAAUGUGUAUGAAGGGAAUAGUCACGACGGGAUGGGAUACGGGGAUGAUGACGGCUUCAAUUAUUCACUCAAAGUUUUUCUAAAUGUAUGCAUUAAGGAUCUCAGGAGGUGUAUAGUCGAGUACUACAACCAUCAGUGGGACAUCAAAAUUAUUCUAAAUAUACAUGCUUGGAUUGUUACUUAUUACACAAAUUUUUAUAUUUACGAGAAUAAAAAGCGAUUGAAUAAUAGCCGAAUGGGAAAAGGGACAUCGUUUAAACAUUCAACAGCUAGCCAUUUUUAUAAUGGACAAGAAGAACUUAUAAAAGAAGGAAAAGAAAAGGAAGACGAAAAUUCUCUUUUCAUAUCUAGAAUUCAAAUGGUUCUAGGAAUGCAAGCAUAUAUAGGAGAUAAUAGUAUUCACUCAGAAUUUCUGUGUGAUACUUUUCAAAGAUUAAUAAGGGAAGAAAAAAUGAAAAAAAAUAGUAGCAAAAUUAUUUUAUGUUGUUUGAGAUGCUUACAUGCAGAUCUGAGUCUACUAGAUUUACAUGCUUUGUCCACUGAUGAUAAUGUGAAAUCUAUUUGUAAAUCUUCUUUAGAUAAUUUUUUGAAGAGAAAUAUUCUAAAUAGCUUAAGUUGGAUUUUAAAAAAUUUCAAGCUCAUGAGUCAUGACAGAAGCAUUUUCACCUACGCUCUCAAAUGCGCUCUGAUGAUAAUAGAGCUGCUCGAAAAGUUAGGUGGAAGUACAUACAUCCUCAAGGGGGGAAAUAAAAUAUACGACGAGGAUGAGGAGGAAGAAGACGAAGUGUACAAUGAAAAUGCAAGUGAUGACCAGUAUGGAGACGCCACGAAAAAUGGAGGAAGAAAUGCCAAAAAAGGACACAACACAAGUAGGGAUUACGAUACAGAAGCAAUUGAAAGAGUUAGUGUGAUGGAUCUGAUAGAAGAAAUUUAUAGCGGAAAAAUUGUUAAUACAUGCAUGCACAUUAUUGAAGAGUACAAAAGGAAUAGCAUACAAAUCAAUCAUCUAAUCAUUACCUACUUUGAAUUUUUACUCAAAUUUAAAAACAACGAGUAUAACUUUUUAAUUUUUUUCGACAUGAAAUAUUUUAUUAUUUUCAUCAAUGUUAUAAAUGAUCAGGAAUCCUACACGAACCCUAGGUACCACUGGAUUGCUUCCUUCUUUGAAAAUAUAAUAGCUUGCUUCUUUAAACUAUGGAGUAGUAAUUAUUUCUUACCCGUCGAGCUAUUUUUUAGUAAAGCCAUCAACAGAAACCUUUUUAGUCUCUUAAGUGAAAAAUAUAUGCUGUCCAUUUUUAGUAACUACAGUGAAGGGAAUGACUUUUUCAUUUUUGAAGAACUCAACAAAGGGAUGAACAUAAAUGAUAUUUUUAUUGAAUUGAAUAGCCGAAAGAGAUUAGAAGCUUUGGAGUGGUCAGCUGAAGAUAUAGAAAGUUUGAAGAUUUACUUUAAGCAAUUUAAACACAUGCAUAACUUUUUGCCAUUCAUUAGCGAAAUGUUAAGCAAAUCACCAAGCAGCGUCAAAAACCAACUUAUUUUUCUCAACUACAUGGACCGCAGGGGGAAUGUCAUAGAAGACGAUGUGGACUACGACAUGUCUGACUCGUCUGACUCGUCUGGCAGUUCUGGGGGGGUCACCGAAGGCGAAAUGAGUGACGGGGCGGAAGGCAAAAUGAAUGAUGAGACGGGCGACGCGACAGGGGCCGACACGGAGGCAGACACUGAAGCGGAGUCCACGCCCCACAAAAGCGCAUACCGCACCGAUACCCACGAAAAGAGGAAGGCAAAGCAACCCCUCCUCUACACCGUGUACAAGCUAAAAAAGCUAAACCAAGUACAGAAGAAAGAAACAAAUCUCACCUCAACUCGAAUCAACUGCAACGUAAAUACUGUCUUAGACGAAGUCAGCUCUAAUUUGAAGUCCCUCUACGAAUUAAAAAAAUUGUCCAAAAAUAAAAUUUUCACCUAUAGGGCUCUUCUAUUUGAUAUUCCACUUAGCAUUUCAUCGGAGCUCCUCGAACAUAGCAGUUUUAAAAAGCUACUCAGCUUGAUUGGGUUCUUGUAUAAAGAAAACAGCGAUGAGUGGGUUCUAAAUGAACACUUAGAUGUAGACAUUUUUAGAAGCAUUGUUGAAAAGUGUGAGGAGUUGUUUCCCUUGUCGUUGGAGGAACUGCGGAACAGGCUGCGCGCCCCUGAAAGGAACAAGGUCUCCCAGGGGGACCAUCUCACUCAUGAUGAGGAAGGGAGUGGCAAGGAGGAUGAGGAGAAACAGCAGCGCCACCAGGAUGAUAAUAAAGAUGCAACGAUUCAUCACGCAUCUGAGAGUACACUAGAUCAGAGUGAGGCACAGCUGCACCUGAUGGAACCCCCCAAGCUUAAGGGCACAUUCAUCCUCCUCAAACUAAUGUAUGACCUGUUCAUAUCGAAUGAAGACGAUUUCAGAAUUUUUUUCAACGACCUGGUAAAUAUGAUUAGAGACAAAUGUAGUUCCAUUUUCCAGAGCAUUAGAACUGAAGAGGACACAACUGAGGGGAAGAAUCUCUUUUACACAGAAAAUGACACAUCUGCCCCGAUAGCUAGCCAAAAAAAUGAUUCCAAUUUAGACAAUUACACAAUUUUUCUAGAACCCAAAAAUAGACAGGUUCUGAGAAGUGCUCAGAAGAAACAAGUCCUUUCAGAGUUGCUACAAUAUCUAUGGGUGUACAUCUCCAAGUCGGAACAACUCAUUAUUUCCAAGCACAUAAAAGAAAAAAAUUUUUCUGAACGGUUCAGAGUGAUUAACAACUACAAGACUUUAGGAGUAAUUGAAAUUGAAAAUAUCAUACGUCAGAAGCAAUCUGAAAUAGACGAGAAGAAGAAACAAAAGAAGGAGACUAAACCAACGUCACAACAGAAAUUUUUUUUUAUAAAGUGUGUUUGUGAGUAUUUGAACCUAGUGUAUGUUCCUGCCGAUAUGGGUCCCAUCAACACUGGUCGGAACUGCCCCCUGAAUGAGACGUACUUCGGGGGAGACAAACUCCUCACCUGCAUUUACGAGAAGCUGAAUUCGUGGAAUGCCAAGCGGAGCAAAAAAAAUGACGAAGCGCAGUGCUUCUCCUUAGAUGCUAUGGAUUUGCUACGCUACAUCGUCAAGCCGGGGGAGGUCACAACCGCGGUGCCACCUCCCCCCCCUCAGAGCGUUGACCAGGAUGCGUUCCUCCCAAUAGUGAACAAUAUUUGUGCCGCUCUGAAAGCCUCGGAGGAGGAAGAAGAACAGGGGAUGCUAAAAUGGUACCCCCAGCAGGUGCAGAGGGAGUGGCUGAAAAUUAUGCUCAAGUUAUUUUAUAACGUGCUAUACGACAGUGAGUACAAUACAGUCGGGAAACUCUUCCUCGAGUACAGAAACAUUAAGGACAUCCUCAAGGACAAGUCAUUGGACUUUUUGUCUCCCAAAGAGGAGACGCCACAAGUAGAGGUCGGCAUGUCCAUCAACACAAUGACAAGUACAAACCCGCUCUACAGUGGCAUAGAGGAGAUUCAGAAGGAAGACCCAUCACAACCAUUCAGUGAAGAAAUGUAUUUGGUUAGGGCGCAGUACGACGGGCACAUCGUCGGGGUCCCAGUGAAGAGAACCGCACGGGCUGGGGGUGCAGCCGUAAAUCAGAACAAAAAUAAAGCGGCCCAGAGUAAACCACACGCAGCCCCUAGUACACCUGAUGCAGGCCCUAGUAAACCUGCCCCAGAUCAGAGCAGAAACGACGCAUCCCAGAGCGAAGCGCACUCCGGGGAAAUUCUCCUCAACCCCAUGGCCCCCCAUCAUAAAAGAAAGCUCGGUGAAAUACACGUAGAGGACUAUUCGGAAUUCUUUAAAAAGAGGAAGCUGGAAAAUGCAUACAUCAACAUGUACAAGAAGAAUCGCAAGAGCAUCAUCGACUCGUUGCUUAAGAACAGUAACAUCGCCCAGUACAACGAGAGUGACAUUAUCAAUCGGGUCAAGCAAGUUUUCAUAAAGGCUCGCCAGAUGGCUUCCACGGGGGAUCUUCGCAACCGAUGGAAAUCUCGCGAGGAUGUGAAGAGGAUACUCCUGCUGUGA